AGAAAACAAAAAAUAAAAUUCACUCCGUCGACUUCACGGACAGCCCAGCAUUGCGUGUAGCGCCCUCCCUCUGUUGGGGUGGUACUUCGAUGCCGGUGGGGUCACUCAAACCCCCAGAACUGAGCCUCUACUUUAGUCAAUCCUCUUUGGUGGGGUCACACAAACCUUCAGAACUGAGCCUUUACACAUUCACACACAAGUUAAUUCUCCAGGUGGUCCGGAGUGCUAUUGUUAUUUCAUAUGCACAUACUUGUGUGUCUAAAAAAAUAGGUGUGGACUCACUCAUCAUCAGUUGUCAAGUGCAACGCACCGCGCAUCUUCUUUUUGUCCAUCAAACGUCAAAAUAAAACAGAAUUAGAGAAUCGUGUAAAAUGGAAUAUUUUGACGUACCCUUACGGCUGGAUUUUUUUUUGUCAUAAUAAUGUGUCAACUGCAGUAGUUUUUAUCCUGCCAGUGGAGGAGACAUAAAUAAUGGCUGAAAUAUUUCACAACGGUAAUUAUCAGAUAGUUUCAAACGCGAAUGAUAUGACUACUUUGGAUAUACAAAAACAGAAUUCACUUCUUGAUCACAUGGAGAUUGCCAUUGUUGAGGCGGAAAAACGAGCAAAUGGUGGUCUCAAUUUGCGGGAGUUUUACACAGUCUAUUUAGUAGAAACCAAAGUGGUGGAUCCAGACUUCAGAGAGGCGUUGACGACGAUAAGUUCGUUAUGGCGCCGUUACACAGAGUUUGAAAUGCUAAGAGCUUACUUGGAAGUAACCUAUCCUUUCGUAGUACUGCCAUCGUUACCAGAAAAGAAAGUACUGUACGCUUGGCAGAAAGUAACGACAGACACAUUCGAUCCAGAUUUUGUCGACCGUCGUCGAGCUGGUUUAGAAAAUUUUCUAUUACGAGUGGCAGCUCAUCCAAUUCUAUCACGGGAUAAACACCUUAUGGGUUUUCUGCAGCAGCGAGAGGGCUGGAAGGAAAGCAUAAAAGAGAGUGGAUACUUGCAAUUGGCUGAGAACAAAUUGAAGGCCCUCAGUGUUGCUGUGAGGCUCAGGAAACCCGAUAAGAGAUUCGAGACAGUUAAAUGUUAUGGUGUUGAGCUUCAGAAUAAUUUGGGCAAUCUGCUGCGUGUUCGUGCGAGAUGUGCCGAGAGACAAUACAGUUUAUACAAGCUACACGCGAAUUAUGGAAGAGUAUUUAGUGAGUGGAGUGCAAUUGAGAAAGAAUUGGGUGAUGGACUCCAGAAGUCUGGCCAUUACAUGGACUCGUUGGCUGCAACGAUAGACAGCCAUUUGGAGGAGGAGGAAUUGAUUGCCGACCAGUUGAAAGAGUGGCUCUUCGGAGCAUCUGCUUUACAGGCUGUUGUUAGACGCAGGGAAGCAUUACAAUUAGUCAAAGACGAGGCCACCGAUAAUCUUACCUCUGCAUAUGACCAAAAAGACAAAGUCCUCCAAGGCAAGUCUGGAUUGAUGUCCCGUUUAUUCGGCUCUGUCGAUUCUGAAGAGAUGAGGGAGGUCAAGGCUAAUCAAAUGGAACAACGAAUUGUUCAGGCCGAGGUAAUUGAUAAGGAAACACACGAGGAUCUAACGUCUUUCUCCUCAAAGGCAUUAAUGGAGAUCGACCGUUUCCAGCAACAAAAGAAUGUUGAUCUCAAAGAAACAUUAACAGCUUACUGUAUACUGCAAUUCAAACUAGCCAGAAAGAGCCUUCAAAGCUGGCAGCAUAUCAAACAAUGCUUGGAGGGCAUGCCAUAAGCAAUUCCGUCUUUUUAUCAUUUUCAGUGUGUCCAAUGAGACGAGACGAAAAAGUAUAUAAUAUCAGAUAUAUUAUUUCAUUUCACUUCUCAAUGAAUUUAACUAUUACUAUUCAAUGAGAUGUCUUUAUUCUACUGGCAAAGCAAAUUUUCAGGGACGAGCAUAAUUGUGUAGUAACUCGAUAUAACGCUGCAAGUAAAUUUCUCCCUUAUGUUAUUCAGCAGUUUAAAUUCUAGCUUUUGAAUAUAGACAUGACAUUUUGCAUAGCUAUAAUCCAUAUCAUAUUUCCACAUGGUGUCAUUCAGUGUUCAUAGAUUCAUCUCGUCAUUUAGCGCAUAAUUACUCACAGAUCAUUUACAUUUAAAUGCAGUCUGUGACCAAGUGAUAUCAAUAACAGAUGAUAUUGUCUCGACUAAGUCGUAAAUAUCUUCGAAAAAGUGAGUCGUGUGCGAGAAUGGUAGAUUUUUUAAUAUAUUACGAAAUCUUACCCUAAAAAUAAUUUUGCCACGAAUCUUCCAAACUUCUCAUUUAGCGAUAUAUUCCCAGUGACAUAAACAUUUAUUCUAGUCUCAUAUUUUCCGUUUAGAUUUCAGAAAAAAAUUCAGAGUCUUUUAUCGUUUGAAAAACAAUGAAAGCGGAUUGAAUUUUAUAGAGCAUGUCAGAGAAGUAUUUUCGAUUUGUACAUCAAUUAUUUGAGAACUCAGCAUAACAUUGAUUUGUUAAAAAACACCGAUUUAUCUUAAAUUGUGUGAGUAGUAUUUUAUAUUUGCUCAAUUCACGCGUUUCUGGGUCACCCUCUUUGAUAACUGAAAAAUUAUUAUAUUGGUGUAAUUUCUCUCUCCGAAAUAUCGAAGCAGCUCAUUCAAUAUGUUCUAAUCACAAUAAAUUUUUAUAACGAUACUCACGCCACUACACAGGAUGAAUUGCAUGUCCUCGACACUUCGUCAUGUAUAAUUUUCAAUAAAAAAAAUCCUAUUAUUUCUCAAA